CUUACACAGCUUAUUCCCAAUAAUGAAAAUGGUAAAGUUUUGGUAUCUGCAAACUGAAUAAGGUUCGCAAAGAACUUUCUUGAAAGCUUAUAAAAGAGGAUCGGAAGCCGCGUGCCAGGAAGCGCAGACAGCAUCGGAACUCACGCCGAGUGGGAUCACGUCGUCCUGCCGUUGCUUCGCUCUACUUAUUCACGUUGCCUACAUCAAACGCAUAACAACAUGUCUAGUUCACAGAAUUCUCCACCCCCUGUAGCAUGGGCACAGCGAAAAAAUGUCGUUUUCCUCACCAUAUGUGUCGAAGAUUGUAAAGAACCAACGAUUACAAUACAAGAAGAUAAAAUUUACUUCAAGGGCACUGGAGGUACUGAGAAGAAGGACUAUGAAUAUACCUACAUACUUUAUAGUAACAUUGAUAAAGAAAAGAGUCGCAGUUUUGUUAGGGACCGUAACAUAGAACUGAUUUUAGUUAAAAAAGAAGAAGGUCCCUUCUGGCCACAUCUACUCAAAGAGAAAGUAAAACAGCAUUGGCUGAAGGUUGACUUUGGAAGAUGGAAGGAUGAAGAUGACAGUGAAGAUGAAGGCGAGGGUCAAAACCCAGACUUGGAAGAGAUGAUGAGGCAAAUGGGAGGGUUGGGUGGUGGAGAUAGUAGGCCAUCGCUUGAUGACCUUGAAGAUGAAGAUUCUGAUGAUGAUGACCUCCCUGACUUGGAGUAAUUGUGUCCAGCUGUGUCCCUAGUCUACAGGAGCCCUCUGCAGACCACUUUGAUGCAUGGAGAGACAGACAGCAUGAUGAGCUGUGUGUUAUCCAAGUCAAAGAGUGCGGGGUUAGAAUGAAUUCGAAGUUGGGAUGAUAAACCAGCAACUUUGUUGGAUUGACAUGACUCCAUGUGGUGUUCUGUUGUAUUGUUAGCAAGAAGACUUUCAACUGAUGGCACUCCUCAUCGUGAACGAGGAGUCACUGUGCACAGACAGUAGAGAAUACAAGUGGCUCUGAACAAUUUGUUCCAUGAUGAAGAGACAAGACUUUUCCAGUCUUUUAGAAAACUUCAUUGAAUUUGUUUUAAUUUUUCAAGGACUUAAAGCAAAUGCAAGAUAUUUGUAAGGUGACAUAAAAUAACUUGUAUAUGGAAAAUGCUAGUAUUUUGUAUUUGUUUUCAAUUUUUUAUCAGAAGUUAUGAAAUUCAAGUACCCAGUUGAAUUUUUGAAGGCAGCAUUAUUUAUAAUCAAGAAUCUAUGCCAGAUUGAAUUAUAAGUGUAUUUUGGAAUUGUUCAGGUAAUAUAUAUUGAGUUAUUCUAGUUGAUUAAUAGAAAAUCGUAAGAUAUAUAUUCCAAUUGGGUAGGUAAACUUGCCAUUUUUCAUUUUGUAGGUAAAAUUGCCUAUUGCUUUUAAACCCUUAUGCUUUCAGAAUUUCAAGGGUAGUUUUGAUGUCCUGCAUUUUGUUCCCUCCCUUUAAAGGAAACUGCCCGUAUUGAAAUACUAUAAGUAAAUUAAAAGGAAAAUCAGUUAAUUUGGUAAAAGAGUAAUUAUGUAUUGAUUUGGGCUAUUUUUUCAGUUUUGUUACAAGAUACAGGCAGUUGUUACCUGGAUCUAUCUUCCAAUACACAUUAAGUGCA